AGCAACCGCAACGCUUGGACGUGUCGCGAGCAGCAAGAUAAAAUAAAGCCAAUUCGAAUAGCGCGCUGAAUGUGCCACAAACUGGGCCUCGUCAUGCAGCGCCUUUUGCUCGGCACUGCCCUCUGCUGGCUGCUCUGUCAGCUGCCUGUUAAUGCCCAUUCACCUGGGCUACAGGUGAUGAAGCAGUGGAAGCUGCUACGCUACAACUUUGCGUCACCCUCGCGUGCCGGCGAUACGAACUUUUAUAAUCCCGAAAAUGUGCUCGUCACGGGCAUUGCCGUCACAGCUGAUCGCAUAUUUGUGGCCACUCCGAAAUUAUUUUCGGGCGUCUCGUCGACGGUCAGCUGGGUGCCAAAGGACAAAAUUGGCGACUCACCCACGCUGCAGUCUUUCCCCGACUGGUCCUUCUCCAAUACAGCGCGCACGAACUUCAAUUGCAGUGACUUGAUUCUGACUUCGGUUUAUCGACUGCGCAUCGACUCCUGCAAUCGCCUGUGGAUGCUUGAUGCGGGCAUCUCCCGUUCUCUGGAGGACUACGAAUCCACCUGUCCGCCCAAGAUACUUGUUGUCGACCUGAACACGGAUCGUGUGGUGCGUCGCAUUGACUUCCCGCCAGAAGUGCUGCGCGGUGAGACCCUCUUCACCAACAUGGUUAUCGAUGAGACGACGGCCACGUCCUGCGACGAUGUGUUCAUCUAUAUUACGGAUACCGUAGAGCCGGGCAUUAUUGUGUAUGACAGCGGCAAGGAUGUUACCUGGCGCGUCUCACAUCCAGCCAUGUAUCCUGAUCCGGACUUCGCUCAAUCCGAGAUACUCAACGAUCGCUUUGUGCUAAUGGAUGGCAUUGUGGGCUUGACAUUUGAUGAGAAAAAGGGCAUUAUUUACUUCCAGCCACUGGCCACAGAUCGCGUCUUCUCGGUGCACAAGGACGUGCUGCGCAGUGGACCGCUGCCAAAUGGCCAAAUGCUUGACGUGAAACUGGUGGGCAAGAAGUCAUCGCAGGGCAUUGGCUUAGCAGUGUCCCCUUACGAUGGCAGCUUAAUCUUUAGUCCGCUCAGUGAGACGGCCAUUGCCUCCUGGAAUCCAGCUACCAAUCAGCAAUCUGUGCUGGCGCAUGAUGUCGAUCAGCUGCAGUUUGUGGCGGACAUCACCACCACACGUUCAGAACCGGGCGUCGUUUAUGCUAUAUCCUCCAAGUUCCAUCGUUUCUUCCUUAAGAAUCUCAAUCCGAAUGAGUAUAAUAAUCGCAUUUUACGUAUCGAACUGCCACAGCCCAAGGGUCAACCUCACAAGAGUCCUCUGUUAGGGCACUCACUGCCGCUGACCACAGCCCCAGCUCACAAUAGCUUGCUGCACUAUAGCCUAUACAAUACGCAUCCACACACGAACAUUCAUGUGCACUCACAGGUGAACGCGAAUGCACUGCAAACGUACUUUACAAGCCCGGCUUUAAGCACGCCACUGACCACCAAGUCGCCGUACAAGUUCGAGACCGCGGGAUUUGUCAACUAUGGACUACGCAAUCCAUUCACAGCCCUCAAUCAGGGCGAGGCCUUCCCGCCCACCAAGGCGACACGUGAUAACUAUCAGCGUUCCUAUCUGGACACCCUGGUGAGCAGCCCCGUGACCACGCCUGCAACAGCGCCCACGAGCUACCCACAAAACCAACGUCACAGUGGCUUCUACUAUCCUUAAAAAUAUGAUUUUCUAUUUUAUUUUCUUAUUUUUUGUA